ACAACCGAUUACACAAGGCCACGCGGCUUCUGGAAGCUUCCCUUGCCUUGCCUUCCCUCUCAACCCAAAUCGCCACGGCUCCCUCCGCCCGCAAGCGCCCUCGGCACGACCGCCGGAUUCGCCUCUGGGUGGGGUUGGUUUUGUCUCCCCCACCACCCACCCACCCCUCUCCUCUCCUCUCCUCCAAGGCUUGGCUUGCCUCGUGUCGUGUGUCCCUCCACCGCCCGCCAUGCCGACGAGGCUUGCCCCCCACCGCCGAUCGCACACGGUACGCUCGCUUCAUAUCAUGCUCCUCGCUAUGAGCUCCUCCCGUUCCUUUUACCCUCCUGUCGAUUUUCACCACUCGCUCUCUGCAAGAGUGAUUUGCUUGUGCGUGUUAUUAAUUAGUUAGUGCUACAACAAUCAUGAGACACUGCUCGAUGCAAGCUCCUCCUGUUCGAUUGCGGGAAUGGAAGUCAACUCACAUGCGAAUUCGGAGGUUCACCUCGCCUCUCUUCUGCUAUGCUGCUAUUGCUAGCCAGUAGCCAUGCCAUGCCAAGACAAAAGCAGAGAGAGAGAGAGAGAGAGAGAGAGAGAGAGAGCGAGCGAGCAUCUGGGGGAAGAAGGGGCGGGGCUCGGGAAGAAACAGAACAGGUCAGCGUUGGCGGGCUGCCCGCUUCCCAGCCGUUCGAUGCAGCUUCGACGGCCGCGAUCUCCCCAACGGACGGCUACUGUUGCACGCACGGGGUCGCCCAGUCAGAGAUCAGAGGAGAGGACAGUUGCCGAGGCCAAGGCAGCCCACCCCGCCCGCCGCGCCGCUUCUUCAUUCCCCCACCACACGCCAUCCCUUGUCCGUCUCUCCGUCCUCUCCUCCCCACCCUCGCCCUGCCCUCGCGCCCGCCGCCGCGCACACGCCAGAUCCGUCUAGACUGACUCCGAUUGGUUUCGGCUUCUUCGCUUCUCCUUCUCGGUCAUAUGAUUGCAAUGAAUCCUGACAUGGUACUACUGUCUUGGAAACAACUUCCACCAACGGUCGAUCCUGUGAAACACUAAGACACCCGUUGCCACUGGAAAGGAGAGAGCAAAGUGAUUUGCUGUCUCCUGGCGAUCGUUGCUCGUGAGGCCUAGUGAUGGCAGAUGCUAGCUCAAGGACUGACACCUCAAUUGUUUUAGACGACAACGACAAGAAUCAUAGGGAUCUCACUACGCAUUGGCACCUCUGAAGGUCUUCGUUGGAUAUGACCAAACUAUUUCAACCAAUUUUGAACAAGCUUUUCUUCAAUUAGUGCUACCCCUAGCCUAUCAGAUGGAGAAUGGAAGUGGUGCGGUUGUACCUUCUAAUUCUUCAGAUAGGUCCGACAGGUCUGAUAAACCUUUGGACCAAAAGACAAUGCGACGGCUUGCCCAAAAUCGUGAGGCAGCAAGAAAAAGUCGGCUGAGGAAAAAGGCAUAUGUGCAGCAGCUGGAGAGCAGUAAGCUGAAACUUGCACAACUGGAACAGGAACUCCAGAAAGCUCGCCAGCAGGGAAUCUUCAUUUCUAGCUCUGGAGACCAAACCCAUGCCAUGAGUGGAAAUGGAGCUUUGACUUUUGACAUAGAAUAUGCUAGAUGGCUAGAGGACCAAAAUAAGCAGAUAAAUGAGUUGAGGACUGCAGUGAAUGCUCAUGCAAGUGAUAGUGAUCUACGACUUAUUGUAGAUGGCAUAAUGGCACACUAUGAUGAAAUAUUCAAGGUCAAAGGUGUUGCUGCAAAGGCUGAUGUGUUUCAUAUACUUUCAGGCAUGUGGAAGACACCUGCUGAAAGGUGCUUCCUAUGGCUUGGGGGUUUUCGUCCAUCUGAGCUUUUAAAGCUCCUAGCGAAUCACCUCGAGCCUCUAACUGAGCAGCAAAUGCUGGGUUUGACCAACCUCCAGCAAUCUUCCCAACAAGCAGAGGAUGCGUUGUCACAGGGCAUGGAAGCACUGCAGCAAUCUUUGGCAGAGACUUUGGCUGGAUCUCUCGGUCCAGCAGGUUCUUCAGGAAAUGUGGCAAACUACAUGGGUCAGAUGGCCAUGGCCAUGGGCAAACUCGGGACGCUAGAGAAUUUUCUUCGCCAAGCCGACAACCUGCGACAGCAGACGUUGCAUCAAAUGCAACGUAUCCUAACGAUCCGACAGGCUUCUCGUGCUCUUCUUGCAAUCCACGACUAUUUUUCACGAUUGCGCGCUUUAAGUUCUCUGUGGCUUGCUAGGCCACGUGAAUAACGAAGGGCCGUCAGUAUUUUGAGUUCCCUCUGCCUUACGGUGCUGCUGCGUCGUUCGCAGCGAUGCAUCACAGAUCUUUGGUGGUACUGUUUUUGUUGUACAAUUACUUUUGGCCGCUGCUUGGUCCAAAUUGUACUCAGGUGGGUGUACAAGUAGGUCAAUAUAAUCCUGUAAGUUAUGGUGAUUUAUGGGUGUGUUAGCAAUGCAAUAAUAAUUAGAGAGGGCAGGAUCAGGGUUUCUGUUGUUUGUACUGGUUAGAGAUUUAGUCCUAAUGUAACUUCCUGGGACAUGGGGGGCGGAAUGGGAAGAGAGUAACAAGAAUCUUCCUUUGGUUACUGUAGUAUAUGUUGGUAUUGUUGCAUCCCAUUUUCUCAUUUUGCUGUUAGGAGAAUGAUUAUUCUGUCCAUUUGUGUACUUUUUGAUUAAUGUUGUUUGUAGCCCCAACAUGAUUAUGGAUAUGACUGCUAGUUCAUUCCCAUUCA